GGAAGUGGCCAGAAGGGGAAGUAUAAGGAGUUCCCCUCCGGCCUGUCACCAGUCUCCUCAGGCCCUCAGAGUGGCGGCCCUGAGUCCCGGCCACGGCCAUGGAGCCUCUAGAGACCCCCAUCAAGGAUGGCAUCCUCUACCAGCAGCAAGUCAAAUUUGGCAAGAAGUCUUGGCGGAAGAUGUGGGGUCUGCUGUAUGCGGGAGGCCCAUCAGGCGUGGCACGGCUGGAGAGCUGGGAGUUUCGGGAUGGUGGCCUGGGGCCAACAGGUGACAGGUCUGGGGGGCCCAGCCGGCGGGGGGAGAGGCGGGUCAUCCGCCUGGCCGACUGUGUGUCCGUGCUGCCGGCUGAUGGUGAGAGCUGUCCCCGGGACACCAGCGCCUUCCUGCUCACCACCACGGAGCGAAGCCACCUGCUGGCUGCACAGCACCGCCAGGAGUGGAUGGACCCCAUCUGCCAGCUGGCCUUCCCGGGCACAGGGGAGAGCUCCUCAGGAUCAGGGGAGGCGGAGGCUCCCAAGAGGGACCGGGUUCCCAUGGAGGAGAACUCCAUCUACUCCUCCUGGCAGGAAUUGGUCGAGUUUCCGGUGGUGGUGCAGAGGACUGAGGCCGCGGCCCGCUGCCAGCUGAAGGGGCCCUACCUCCUGCUGCUGGGCCAGGACUCCAUCCAGCUGAGAGAGCCCCCCAGCCCCCAGCCGCUCUACACCUGGCCCUACCGCUUCCUGCGCAAGUUCGGCUCCGACCAGGGUGUGUUCUCCUUUGAAGCCGGCCGCCGCUGCGACUCGGGCGAGGGCCUCUUCGCUUUCAGCAGCCCCCGCGCCCGCGACCUGUGCGGAGCCGUGGCUGCCGCCAUCGCCCGCCAGCGGGAGCGACUCCCGGAGCCGGCGGGGCCUCGUCCCUGCCCCCUUCCCAGGGCCACCUCCCUGCCCUCGCUGGAGCCGCCUGGGGAGCUGCGGGAGGUGCCUCCGGGGACCGAGGCGCCAGGCUUCCGGAGGGUGCGCGAGGCCGAGCCCGGGCCCCAGAGCCUGCCCCCACUACUGGGCCACGCGGCCGCUGACGAGCCGGUGCUCUAUGCCUCGGUGUGCAAGCGGGCGAGCGGGCCCCCGACCGCCGCCCACCACCUGUACGAGAACCUGUGCAUGCUGGACGCCGGCGGCCCAGAGCAGGAGGCCCGGGGCAGCAGCAGCAUCCCCGCCAGCCCCAUCUACCACAACAGCCAGGACCCGGGUUGGCCCGGGCAGGCCCUCGACCCCAGCCUGGAGGCUCAGUACCGGAGGCUGCUGGAGCUGGAUCUGGCAGACCACAGCGAGGACGCCGGGGGCCUGGGCCAUCCUGGCCUCCACUCUGGCUUCAAGGCCAAGCUGGUGACCCUGCUGAGUCGUGAGCGGAAGAAGGGCCCGCCCCCCUGCGACCGGCCCUGACUGAGGCUUGUAUGUGGCAAGAGGAGAGAAGGGCACUAUCCCUGGACUAGAGGGCGCACCCACAAUGGACAUCUGAGGACACACCCCCACAUUCACUCUGGCCUGGGCCCCUAUGGCAAGGCAGGAAGCCGGGGGGAGGACACCCUCACAUGCCCCGCAGGGCCCCCAGUGUAUAGUGUACAGAUUUGCUGAUAAUAAAACCUUUAGGUUCCCA